UCGCCGGCCGCCUCCUAACCCGACCUACUACCCUCCAUGGCCGCCGCCGCCGCCAUCGCCGCCGCACUCCUCCGCCGCUCCACAUCCUCUCAACACCACCGGCGCAUCCUCCUCCUCCCACUCCUCUCCCACCUCCAGCGGGCCGCGCCCCGAUCCCCUUCCCCCUGGGACCCACCGCCCCACCACCGCUUCUUCUUCUCCUCCGACGUGACCGCCGAGGGGGACAGUAAGCCGCGGCCGCCUCUUGACGGGAAGCAGCUAUGGCGCGAGGUGUCGACCUCGGAGCCCGCCACCGGCGCGUCGCGCCUCCCGAAGGCCACGUGGGACGCCGUGGUGGCGCUCCUCCGCCGCUUCGGCAAGGACCCGGCUAUGUCCGACCAAGCCCUCGCGCUCUACAUCCCCGCCUCGGCGUUCCCCACCUACGCCCGCCGCUUCCGCCACUUCCUCCCCGCGCGCCUCUCCCUGGAGUCCGCCGAGCACCUCCUCUCCCUCCCGGCCGACGACGCGCACGCCCUCCUCCUCCCGGCCUUCGCUGAGUUCUGCGUGACCCACCUCGCGGACGAGCUGAGGAAGCACGAGUCUGUCAUGGCCGCGGCGGACCUCACGGCGCCGCACGCGUGGUACCCCUUCGCCCGCGCCAUGCGCCGGCGGGUGGUGUACCACUGCGGGCCCACCAACAGCGGCAAGACGCACAACGCGCUCACCCGCUUCGCCGCCGCCAAGUCCGGCGUGUACUGCAGCCCGCUCCGGCUCCUCGCCAUGGAGGUCUUCGACAAGGUCAAUGCCCUGGGCGUCUACUGCAGCCUCCGCACUGGACAGGAGAUCAAGGAGGUGCCAUUCUCCAACCACGUCGCGUGCACGAUCGAAAUGCUCUCCACGGAGGAGCCCUACGAGGUUGCAGUGGUUGAUGAGAUACAGAUGAUGGCUGACCCUGUCAGGGGCUAUGCGUGGACACGAGCCGUUCUUGGGCUCAAGGCAGACGAGAUACAUCUCUGUGGUGACCCUAGUGUUCUGAAGAUUGUUCGGAAGAUUUGCGCAGAUACUGGAGAUGAUUUGGAGGUGCAUCAAUAUGAGCGCUUCAAACCGCUUGUUGUUGAAGCAAAGACACUGCUUGGAGACCUCAAGAAUGUGCGCUCUGGUGACUGCAUUGUCGCGUUUUCACGCAGAGAGAUAUUUGAGGUGAAACUGGCAAUCGAGAAGUUUACGAAGCACAAGUGUUGCGUUAUAUAUGGAGCUCUUCCACCAGAGACACGGCGGCAGCAAGCAAAGCUGUUUAAUGAGCAGGAUAAUGAGUAUGAUGUGCUUGUAGCAAGUGAUGCUGUUGGUAUGGGAUUGAACCUCAACAUUAGGAGAGUGGUAUUCUAUAGUUUGGCCAAGUACAAUGGGGACAGGAUGGUACCUGUUGCUGCUUCACAGGUAAAACAGAUUGCUGGGCGAGCUGGUCGGAGAGGCAGUAUUUACCCAGAUGGGCUGACAACCACCUUCUUGUUGGAUGAUUUGGAUUAUUUGAUCCAGUGCCUUCAGCAGCCAUUUGAGGAAGCGAAGAAAGUUGGUCUAUUCCCUUGCUUUGAGCAGGUGGAAAGUUUUGCCAUCCAGUUUCCUGACCUUACCUUCAAUGAACUGCUGGAUAAGUUCCGUGAAAAUUGCCGCGUCGACAGUACAUACUUCAUGUGUCACCAGGAAAGUAUCAAGAAGGUUGCUAAUAUGCUUGAGAGGAUCCAGGGUCUCUCCCUCAAGGAUCGCUACAAUUUUUGUUUUGCUCCAGUGAAUAUAAGGGAUCCAAAAGCCAUGUACCAUCUUCUGAGAUUUGCUACAAACUAUAGCCAAAGCCGUCGUGUUAGCAUUGCAAUGGGAAUGCCAAAGGGUUCUGCAAAGAACGACACUGAGCUUCUGGACCUUGAGACAAAACAUCAGGUCCUGUCAAUGUACUUGUGGUUGUCACACCAUUUUGAGGAAGAUCAUUUUCCUCAUGUGCAGAAAGCUGAGGAAAUGUCAAUAAAUAUUGCAGAUUUACUUGCUAAGUCACUUGCCAAAGCAAGCUGGAAGCCUACAUCAAGACAACAAGCAAAACCAAGACGAGAAAAUGAAGAAGACAACGAUGUGGAGCAGGCAUCAGAUGAUAAUGCAAAGAAUGAUUCAGAAGAUGGUUAUGAAAGGUCAAUAUCACGUAUAAAACCGUUCAUGAGGAAAAGGCUGGAUAGACCUAGUCAGGACCCUUCUUCCUUGAACUUUGUGGCAUGAAUUACUUGUGGCCUGGGUGAUUAACCCCGACUGAUUGCUUCAUGAGAUCGUGUGUAGCCAAGUCGUUGCAGCCAUUUCAACCUCCCAGAACUGGCAGUUCAUCUAUCAGUUCUGGUGUAGGAUGGUUGGUUAUGUUGGCUGAAGUUUGGAAUUGAUCUUAUCCUCAAAAUGACACUGAAGCCAUCCAGAGGUGUAAGCUAGUAUGCUUUAGUGGCGCCACGGGAUACUUUAACUUCAGUUUUGUAGAUUAUUUGCACGAGAAGGAUAUAUCGACAUGAAUUCAUCAGAAUUAAGUUAUUAGUGUUUUCCUGAUAUGAACAAGGGAGUAAGGGACUGUGGUAAUAAGUUAGCUGGGGGAUAUACGGUUUUUUUAUUGGGUAUUCACUUAGCCUUGGAUGUAAGGGACUAGAAAGUAAACUUGUUUUGUUUCAGUUCUGUUUGAAUCAAUGGCAGCGGUAUAACCUUCUGCAACGUUCUCACCUGA